AUGGUCACAUCUCCGGCCCGUCUGCGCGAGCUCAUGGAGUCGAAGGCGCCUGUGGUCGUGCUCGACGUCUACUGCGCGCUGGCUCCGAAGGAUCGCGCCAAGCGUCACAACCUGGGCCCUGUGGUGAAGGCCGAGCUUUCAUCGCUUCUUCGCCGCAGUCGCGAGAAAGGACAGGCGGUCCUCUUCCUGGUGGGCGGCGAACAUCCCGCCGAGCUGGCGCAGAAAGUGUACUUGCAGCCGCAGUUUACUUCUAUUGGCGGCCUGAUGUGUGGGUACCUCCGCUGGAAGCCAAAUGCCACCGCCCCCUGGGAGCCGCCGAAGCUGCAGGGCCAGCGGAGGGUCAUCUUCGGCUUGCAGCUGCCCUGA